UACGGCCCCAACUGCCUCCAGCUCCGCUUCCUCUGCAACUAGUCAGUGGCCCGCGGUGCAGGCGGCAGGCAGGUUGGCGAGAGCUCCCACUCGGGUGACGCCCCCGCAGCGGCCCCUCUCCCGCGACCCGGGAGGAGUUCCCUGGUGGAGACGCUUCCCUUUCAUCUGGAGCCGCUCACUCACUCACUCACUCACUCACUCGGGCCGGCCCAGCGGGCUCCGCUGACUUGCUGGAGGAGGCCGCGGGCAGCUGCGGCCAGAGCAGCAGAGAGGAAGGAAGCCUGUGGGGCUGGGGGGUGGGGGGGAAGGUGCCUGCAGUCCCCCCAGAAGAGCCUGGUGGGGCCCAGCCCCCCUGCCUCAUUUCAGGUGAGGUCUCCAGCUGCCAGCGCCUGCACCAUGAGGGGCCCCGGGGGCCUGGGGCUCUGGUCCCGCUGGGGUCAGGUGGCCGUGCUCCUGCUGCUGCUGGGGGCGCCCCCGCAGGGCCUGGCGCUGCCACCCAUCCGCUACUCCCAUGCUGGCAUCUGCCCCAAUGACAUGAACCCCAACCUCUGGGUGGAUGCCCAGAGCACCUGCAAGCGGGAAUGUGAGACCGACCAGGAGUGCGAGACCCACGAGAAGUGCUGCCCCAACGUGUGCGGGACCCGGAGCUGCGUGGCGGCCCGCUACAUGGACGUGAAGGGGCGGAAGGGCCCGGUGGGCAUGCCCACGGAGGCCACGUGCGACCACUUCACGUGCCUGCAGCAGGGCUCCGAGUGCGACAUCUGGGACGGGCAGGCCGUGUGCAAGUGCAAGGAGCGCUGCGAGAAGGAGCCCAGCUUCACCUGCGCCUCCGACGGCCUCACCUACUACAACCGCUGCUACAUGGAUGCCGAGGCCUGCUCCAAGGGCAUCACGCUGGCCGUGGUCACCUGCCGCUACCACUUCACCUGGCCCCACACCAGCCCCCCGCCCCCGGAGACCACCGCGCGCCCCACCACGACCUCCCCGGAGACGCCGGGGCUGGACCUGGCCGCGCCGGCGCUGCUCAAGCACCCCGCGCACCAGUCGGUGACCGUGGGCGAGACGGUGAGCUUCCUGUGCGACGUGGUGGGCCGGCCCCGGCCCGAGGUCACCUGGGAGAAGCAGCUGGAGGACCGGGAGAACGUGGUCCUGCGGCCCAACCACGUGCGGGGCAACGUGGUGGUCACCAACAUCGCCCAGCUGGUCAUCUACAACGCCCAGCCGCAGGACGCCGGCAUCUACACCUGCACGGCCCGCAACGCCGCGGGGGUCCUGCGCGCCGACUUCCCGCUGUCCGUGGUCGGGGCCGGGCAGGUCCCGGUCAGCGUGGACAGCGGCCCCAACGGCACGGCCUUCCCCGCGGCCGAGUGCCUGCAGCCGCCCGACCCCGAGGACUGCGGCGAGGAGCAGACCCGGUGGCACUUCGACGCGCAGGCCAACAACUGCCUCACGUUCACGUCGGGCCGCUGCCUCCGGCACCGCAACCACUUCGACACCUACGAGGCGUGCGCGCGCGCCUGCAUGAGCGGCCCGCUGGCCCUGUGCAGCCUGCCCGCCCUGCAGGGGCCCUGCCGCGCCUACGCGCCCCGCUGGGCCUACAACGGCCAGACGGGCCAGUGCCAGUCCUUCGUGUACGGCGGCUGCGAGGGCAACGGCAACAACUUCGAGAGCCGCGAGGCCUGCGAGGAGUCCUGCCCCUUCCCGCGCGCCAGCCCGCGCUGCCGCGCCUGCAAGCCCCGGCAGAAGCUGGUGACGAGCUUCUGCCGCAGCGACUUCGUCAUCCUGGGCCGCGUCUCCGAGCUCACCGAGGAGCCCGACGCCGGGCGCGCCCUGGUGACGGUGGACGAGGUGCUCAAGGACGAGAAGAUGGGCCUCAAGUUCCUGGGCCAGGAGCCCCUGGAGGUGACGCUGCUGCACGUGGACUGGGCCUGCCCCUGUCCCAACGUGACGGUGGGCGGGACCCCGCUCAUCAUCAUGGGCGAGGUGGACGGCGGCAUGGCCAUGCUGCGGCCCGACAGCUUCGUGGGGCUCUCCAGCCCCCGGCGGGUCAGGAAGCUGCGGGAGGUCCUGCAGAAGAAGACCUGCGACCUCCUCAAGGAGUUCCUGGGCUUGCACUGAGCCCCCCCCCCCCAGCCCCGCCCUGCCCCGCCCCCCACAGCCCACCCUACCCCUCCUCUCCUCUCCCACCCUGAGGGGCCCCUCAGUCAGCAAACUGGACAAGGCCCGCUGGGGCAGAGUCAGGCCCGCUGGGCGAGUGCCAGCCAUCAGCCUCGGAGAGGAAUAAGGGGUCCAUGUUGUUGUAAGUCGAGGGGGACCCCCGAAGAAGCCCAUCGAGGCCUCACCAUAGCCCCCAUGAUCCGAGUGCAGACAGGCAUUGUUCAUUGUUCUCCCCCGUGGGGCUGCCCCCUCCCCAGGUAGGUAGAGAUGGUGUGUGUGUGUGUGUGUGUGUGUGUUUGUGUGUGUGUGUGUGUGUGUAGGUGGUGGUGUUGGGGGGGAGACCAGCUCUCACAAACAGGAAUAAAUCACUUUGCAAGGUGAAGGGAGGGCCCAGAGCCCCUGCACCCCCAUAGCAGGGAGUGCUGGGGGAGAGCAGAGGAGAGGGGAGGCGGGGAGCAGGCCCACACAGCAUUUGCCGGGUGCUCAGCCUGCGCCCCGCCCCAGCUGGCCGUGCGCUCGAUGACACCCCUGGGCACCCGAGGAGGCGCGGCCUUUCUGUGCGGAGGCUGGUUUGUCGGGUCCAGACUAGAGAGCAGACCCUUUCUGAACGCUUCCCUGGGUGCCAGGCGCUCAGACCCCGGGGAGGUGCCAGUCAUUCAUCCCUGCACCUUUGGCCCGCGCUGUGGCUGUCCGGUGGUCCCUCUGGAGCGACAGACAGCACCGCGCUUUCACGUGCCACGGGCGUCCUAGGACAAAAGCAGCAUCUAUUGGGGUGGGACGAGAAAGGAGGAGGAAAAGCUGGCGGGGAGGGGGUGGUGGAGUCAGAAGGGAGGCGGGAAGCCGGCUCGGCGGCGCAGGAACGCUGCUCGGUGCUCCCACCUGCUGGUCACCCGGGGAGUUGCAGGGAGCGACUGGGCGGCCCCGGGGGUCUGAGGUGGAGAUGCGGUCUCGGCUCUCCUUGGUGGGUCCAGCAGCCCCGGCCCUCACAAAGGAUGUGGGAAACCCGCUCUCAUCUCUACACCUGCCUUCCCUCCCCUCCUCAGCCCUUCACUGUGUCUGUCCCAAGAGAAGGACGGUCUCUUAGUUUCUUCCUCACUCGUAGAGAGAGAAACGCCAAUUAAAAGUUCCU